AUGAGCUACGCUAGCGACACAGAGCUGGAAGACUACCUCCCACUCGUGGGAAAGUCUCAGCGCAAGAGCGCAGCGGGUCGUGAGCUGAUCCGCUGGGACCCUGAGAAGGACCAGCUUGCGCUUUUGUGUACCGACUAUGUCUGCACCACCGAAGGCGUUGCCAUCCCAUGGGACAAGAUCGCCGAGCUCAUGGGCCGCUUGGUAGGCAAGCACAGCAUGACCGGUGAGGCGAUCAAGCAGCAUCUUGCCAAGCUGCACAGAUUCCGUGACGAGGCCGAUCAAUUAGUCCCACCGAAGCUCGACCGCCAUCAGCGCCGCAAGCCAGUGACGGCUGCCAAGGCUCACGGCACUUCUGCUGCUCCUCGUGGUCGCAGACGCGCACGCAACGAUGACGAAGAUGAGGAUGCAGCGCUAGUCGCUCCUGUUCAGCCGGGCAAGAGCCUUCUCUACUCCAAACCCGUUGCCAAGUCCAAGAAGAGUCCGAGAACACCAGCUACUGGUCGUAAUGGUAGACGCAAGAGUCGAGCCAUCGAUGAGUUCCAAGACGAUGGUGGGGACGACUACGAUCACGAUCCAGUGCCCAAGAGGCGUGUUGCAGCAGCAAAUUACAGUAGCAGCAAGCGAGGUCGCAAAGCAAAGAGCAAUGUCCGAGUUGAGGACGAUGAGCAAGAUACAGCUUUCCCAACACCAGCCCGGACGCCGAAGAGGCUUCGCCCACAGGCUGAGGUCAACUACUCUGAGCAGGCCUUUGAGGAUCACGACGAUCAGGAUGUCACGCCAGAGCACAGCUUCAAGCAGGAGCAGUAUCAUUCGCCGCCCAAUAAUGACUACUAUCAGAGUUCUACGCAGUACCUCGGCAGAGUCCUCCCCUCCAACGGCUACGACGGCGUCCACCAAGCCAACUAUGUGUUUGGUGCGGUCGAGGAUACUUCACCUUUCCGUUCCUCAUCCAGCAGUGGAAACACGCCAGGUACGGCCAGUGGUGGCCUCCGCUACGACCAGCAAACGCCAUACCAGCUGCAGACACCACGCUCUAUUACCACACCCACCGACCUUGGUGACUCUGCCACGUUUCCGCGAUUCGGCCAGGGACAUCUCAAUGGGUACCCGGGCUUCGAGUUUCCCAUUCUGCCACAAUUCUCAAUGAACGACAUCGGUCGCGCCGCCAAUCUCAUGCUCGACUCUCAGCCGGAACGCAACUCCAACGUUUUCGGCCACGCCUUUGCCGAGCCGAAGCAGACGAGUAGUGCUCAACACGACUCCGACAAUACGCCUGCUCAGUACGACCAUACGAACACUUACCUUCCGGCCUACGGCAUCGAUGCCCUGCAAUCCGCUGAUCACUUCUUGGCCGUCCAUCCCCCUAGAACCAAAGUCAAACGCAACGGCAACGGCGACAUUGACGAGCAUCUGACCACUUCGCAUGAGCAUGGAGUUUCACCACCCCACUACAGCUUCGACAGCGGCCUUUUCGACAUCGGUGACGGUGACUCCAAGGGUGCGCUUGACGAGUCGUUCGGUCAGCUGCUGAACGACCAAGCGAGCUUUACGUAG